AUGUCAUAUCCAAAUGAUUAUUCUUGGCAACCUCAAAAUAACAGCCAAACCUACUCUUUCAAUACUCCAAAUACAUUCGGCGAUUCACAAACAUUAGAUUUUCAGAAUUUCACUGCAGAUCAGCAAAAUUAUUUUGAUCAAGGCCAAGCACCUGCUCCUAACAAUAAUCAAUACUAUAAUCCUAAUUUAUUUACGCCUGCCCCAAUACCUGGAGAACAAGUUGCAGGAGAAGCUGCAGAAUUUGAUGAGCCACCACUGCUAGAUGAAUUAGAAAUUUAUCCUGACAGAAUAUUAGAAAAAACAUUAGCUGUACUUAAUCCAUUUCAUGGUCAAUCUAAAGCAGAUGAUGCUAAUUUUUUACUUAGAGACACAGACAUUGCUGGACCUAUUGCAUUCUGUUUAGCUUUAGCAGUAUGUUUAUUUUUGUCUGGCAAUAAAGCACACUUUGGCUAUGUGUACGGUUUGUCAGUGAUGUCUGUUAUUUUAAUGUAUUUCUUACUUUCUUUAAUGAGCCGAUCAGAGGGGGUUUUUACGAUAUUAAGUGUUGCAAGUGUACUGGGUUACUGUAUGUUGCCAAUGGUUGUCUUAGCAACCUUAGGUAUAUUCAUAUCCCUCGAGGGAGCCAUAGGGCUAAGUCUUUCUGGUGUAGCAGUAAUUUGGUCAGCUUUAUCUGCUAGCCGUCUUUUUGUUACUAUGUCUGGGGAUUCUGAACAAAGGCCACUAAUAGCAUAUCCUUGUGCACUAGUCAAUGGUGUAUUUGCACUUCUUGUUUUAUUC